CUUCUGUCGGUUUUCGUCACGUUUCCAAAUCUCAUGUGACUCCUCCUACCAAAAUCGGAAUUAAUGGUUAUUUUCAUAAGAUGAAAGGAAAACAUAAAAAGGUUUCAAGGUAUAUCACUGAAGAUAAAUUGCAUGACGUAUCUCCAGAAACUCUCCGUGUCUUUGCAGCUGCUCGUGGUGGUGAUAACUCGUUGCUCCAAGAGUAUACUAUGGAAAAUGUAUCAAAUUAUGCAGAAAUAGCCGAGACAAAAACA